UGCGCAAGAUGCGUUGCCAUGGCAACAACUAAAGUGUAUACAUAACGACAAUGUAAUUUUUUCCACUCAUAUAAAUACAUUAAAAUGCCUUUAUUUAGCAGUAAGUUUACUCCUAAAACUAUACCAGUAAGGAGACAAGAUACUUCUGUGUUAAAAAACGAGCUAGGAAGUGAUUAUGCUUCGAAAGAGUUGUCAUUGGAGAUCGCGCCGCUUAAAAUUAAAUUGGGAGAUUUUGAAGUCUCCUUCGAGGAUGGACAAUGGAUACCAGCUUCUGGGAAAGCCGGCAUAGCACACAAAGAAAAUAUACGUUUGAAGGACGAAUUAGAGAAACUUGAAGAAGAGAAUAAUAUGUUGAGAUUGAAGUUUGAAAUAUUAUUAGAUAUGAUGACGGACAAGACGGUCGAAGCGGAACAACAAGCAGAAAUACAAAGGGCACAAAGCUUAGGGAACAUAAAACAGAAAAGUAAGAAGCAAAAAUGGUAACAUUUAUUGUAAUAAAUUGAAUUCAGCUAUAAACAUGGGUAUAA